UUUGCAGGGUUAGCCAUUCUGCUGCAGCUGCAGCUUGGCUCUGCCUACAAACUUGUGUGUUAUUUCACCAACUGGUCCCAAUACAGACCAGAACCAGCCCGAUACUUUCCAAACAACAUUGAUCCAAAUCUUUGCACUCAUUUGGUCUAUGCCUUUGCCACCAUGAAUUCAAAUAAGAUUGCACCUUAUGAAUGGAAUGAUGAAGACAGACUCUUCCCGGAGUUUCAAGCACUUAAGAAAAGCAACCCCAAACUUGUCACACUGCUAGCAAUUGGAGGCUGGAAUUUUGGCACUCAGAAGUUUACUGAAAUGGUUCGCUCUGAGGCCAAUCGUAAAAUCUUCAUUGAUUCAGUGAUAGAGUACCUCCAUAAGUUUGGGUUUGAUGGAAUCGAUCUGGACUUUGAAUACCCUGGAUCCAGGGGCAGCCCUCCUGAAGACAAGGAGCGCUUCACUGUCCUGAUAAAGGAAAUGCUGACUGCUUUUGAAAACAGCAAAGUCGAUGGGCAGAGGCUCUUGGUCACAGCAGCAGUGUCUGCAGGCAAAGGAACCAUUGAUGCAGGAUACGAAAUUGCUAAGAUAGGAACACUUCUGGAUUACAUCAGUGUAAUGACAUAUGACUUCCAUGGAGGCUGGGAUACAUGCACAGGACACAACAGCCCUUUGUAUGUGGGAUCCACGGAUCAGGGUGAUAUGAGAUAUUUCAACUGUGAUUUUGCCAUGAAAUACUGGAGAGACAAUGGUGUUCCGGCAGAGAAGCUUAUAAUGGGAUUCCCUACCUAUGGACGGACCUUCAGGCUUACUACCUCAGACACAGGUGUUUGUGCACCUGUCUCUGGAGCUGGUUCAGCAGGACCUUACACCCGUGAGGCUGGCUUCUGGGCCUAUUAUGAGAUCUGCACAUUUAUACAGACAGCCACAGUAAAAUGGAUCGAUGACCAGAAAGUUCCAUAUGCCUACAAGGGAAAUGAAUGGAUUGGAUAUGACAAUAUUGCCAGCUACCACUGCAAAGUCGGGUUUCUGAAGGAGAACAAUUUUGGAGGUGCAAUGGUUUGGGCCAUUGAUCUGGAUGAUUUUCUGGGCACUUUCUGUAAUGAAGGAAAAUAUCCUUUAAUAUCGGAACUGAAAAGACUUCUCGAAUCAAAUGAUCCCAUAACUUGUGAUGGAGUUAUUAUAACAACACCUCCACCAGAAACUACUACUACAACUAUUGGAACUCCAACUACUCCUCCAGAUGAUGAUACAACAACAACAACAACAACUGUGCACCCACCAUCACCACCGACUGGUGAAUUUUGUGCAAACCAAGCAGAUGGUAUCCAUGCUGACCCAGAAGAUAAAACCAAGUUCUACAUAUGUGUUAACAACCAGACAUUCAGCUUUAGCUGCGCAGCUGGACUAGUUUUUGAUGACAGUUGCAAGUGCUGCAACUACCCUUAAAUAUUAGUAGAUGGUACCCAAAUAGAAGAAGGUGGUUAAAAUUGCGGUGCAGCAUGCCCUGCGGCAGGCCUUUCCAACUAGUGCCCAAGCCUACGUUUUCCCUCUUCUCUCCCCAUAUGUUUUUCCACAUGUGCUAUUUCUUUUGGAUUGGAAGGCUGAGAGCAGGGCUUGUUCUAGUACUGAUAUUUGAAAGCUACUCCAAGCAUCUUGUCUAUGCAUGGUAAAAAUGUUAUAAAGAAAGAAUCCAAUUAAAAUCCAACAGGCAUGGCUA